GUCAACAUGUCACAUAAUUUUCAGCUGUUCAUGGCCUAAAAAAUAUUUUUAAUAUACAUAAUAUUUAGUAUGGCGCUUUUGUUCUUUAGCAGGCGUAUAAUUGCAGGAACAAGAAGUGAAAUUCACAGCCGUAUACAAAAUGGAUAUAAGAAAUAUUAUGCAUCAGGUUCAGAAACUGAUCAUUUGGAUAAGGAUCAGGUUCAGAACGACGAGAUUAAACUUGUGGCUGCUCAUGUUGGAUCAGGCUAUUGCAGGGCAGCACUUGUUUCGAUUAAAGGGGAACUUGUGAAACUUGCUGCGAUGCCUUAUAAAGUUUUUCACCAGGGGGUGUUUAGUGAAGCAUCUUCGGAGAGUAUAUGGAAUACCUUGGUCAAGUGCAUUGAGAAAGUUACGGAUCAAGAAAAUUUAGAUAAAAUCCGUGGAAUAGGAUUUAUUGCCAUUCCAGCAUUAGUGUGUCUUGAUGCGAAUAGAAACCCUUUAACUGCAAGCGCAAGCCGAGAUCCUAAUAUAAAUGUUAUAUUUCACUAUGAUACUCGUUCAUCAUUGGAAGCCGAUAAAGUCAACGCAACCCAUCAUGCAUUAUUGAAAUAUUUCGGCGAAAGAGUUUUGCACGGGCUGGAAGAAUCGAAACUGAUGUGGCUUAAAAAUAACUUAAAAGAAGAUUGCUGGGAUCAAGUAGGGCAUUUUUUUGAACUCACGGAUUUUUUAACGUGGAAAGCUACGGGCUCGUUUGUUAGGUCUUCGGGUACAUUAAUUGCGCAAUGGACGUACGAAAUUGCAGUCAAUGGAAAUGAGGGCUGGAAUGCCCAGUUUAUGGAAAAAAUUGGCAUUCCCGAAAUGGCGGAAGAUAAUUUUAGAAAAAUUGGCUCAGUAGUUCAACGUCCUGGAACCCCGAUUGCUGAUGGGCUUUUAGAAAAAGUUGCUAAAGAAAUGGGUUUACCUGAGAAAUUACCUGUUGCCAGCGGCAUACCAGACGGUUUGGCUGGAUGUUUAGGCUUAAUAGGUUGCAAAGUUGAAAAUAUAGCUGACGAUAUAACUAACCGUAUGUGUAUCGUUUUCGGGACAAGGGCUGCUUCACACUUCGUGUUAUCCCGCGAUCCCUAUUUCGUAAAGGGCGUGAACGGACCAUUCAGGGAUAGCGUGUUUCCCAACAUGUGGUUGAACCAUGCAGGCCAGACUACUGCUGAGAGUGCCCUCGAAUAUAUCAUCACCGCACAUCCUGCCACCCCGGAGAUGACAAAACAAAUUGGACACAUGUCCGUGUACACAUAUUUAAACAAAAUUUUGAAAAUCAAGGCACAGAAAAAGAAAUUGAGCGCCACAUCAUUUCUGACAAAGGAUAUUCAUGUGAUACCUGAUUUUGAUGGAAACAAGAGUCCACUUUCGGAUCCCUCAAUUAGAGGAAUGAUUUCUGGCCUAAGCCUGACAACAAGCCUAGAAUCGUUGGCUUAUUUGUACUUAGCAACCAUACAGAGCUUAGCGUACAGCACAAGACAUAUUAUGAGUGGACUGGCUCAGCAAGGUCACGAAAUAAAAUGCAUCUUGAUUGGGGGAGAUCUUGGACAAAAUUCGUUAUUUGCUAAUCUUCAGAAAGAUGUUUGCCAGAUGCCCAUUGUAAGUCCGCAAGAGCCGAGAUCUAAACUAAUAGGAGCAGCUAUUUUAGCUGCUGUUGCCUCCAAAACUUUUCCUGAUUUUCGUCAUGCCAGUCGAGAAAUGUGCGGUAUGGGUCAAGUAGUUUUACCAACUACAAACGCGGACGAAAUCAGCUAUCACGAGCGAAAAUAUCAAGUUUUCCUGAAAAUGUACGAUCACCAACUGCAGUACCGAAAAAUUAUGAGCGGUGGUUUAGAAAAUUCCAACUGCAAAAUUUGAAGUAACCACUGAUUGUAAUUCAAGUUCUGGCAAAUUAAAAUGUGAAACCAUUA